UGAACCUUACAUACCUAGGUACCUAGGUAGUAUACGUGGUGACGUAACAAUUGCUAUGGCAGACAAGCGAAGAGCUGAACCAUAGGGAAAGCUCUAUUAGACAUGCGCCCGUGCACGCGCUAUUCCCCCAAAACGAAAGAGGUGACCUCAUCUUACCAAGUAGAGCUCCUCCCCAUCAAAUUAUCCCUGCCAUCGCAUACCCCAUGGGCACAGACAUGCUACCUACAUACUCUCCAUCUACAUCGUGGAUCUUUACAUUAUCGAGGUAUUCGUCGCAUAGCCCUACGGGCUGGAGAUAUCAAAUUUAUAAGUUGGGGUUUGCGAUCCCAUGUAACCUCACAGCGCUUGAAACCCGUCAUGGCUGAUGAGAGCUACACUUCUCCCUCGACGUCAGCAGCGAACACAACCGGCCGAUCAUCGUCGCUCACCGGCAAUGAGCCCCCAAGUUUCAGCUUGCGUCGAGCUGCAACAGUCGGUCAAUCUGCUCUUACACGUCGCCGCCCCACUCUGAAUACGGGCUCGCCCACUGCCGAGAAUGGCUUUGCAGAUAUUCGAAGGCGGAGCUCUACAUAUUCCGACUUCAGUCUGAACGAUGCUAGAAGGGAUCUAGAGACAAGUGCAGAUGAGCUCUUUAAUCCAAGCAAAUCUGGCUCUAAAGAGGCGGCUAAAUCCCCAUUCGUCUACGUCCCACUUACACUAGCUUUGCUCCCUGCUAUAGCUGGCAUAUUCUUCGAAAAUGGGAGUGCUUUCGUCACGGACAUCAUAUUACUCAGCUUAGCUGCUGUAUUUCUUCACUGGUCCGUCACGCAGCCAUGGGAUUGGUAUCGCUCCGCGCAAGAGAUACGCAUCGUGAGAGAUGAGAUUAUGACUGAGUCUGUCUUUGAGUCUGAUAGCGACGGCGAACCUCCUAAGACAACCCUGGAAAAUGUCCCCGAAGAGACAAAUAAACAGGAUAGUUCCAAGGAAGUGGCUGAAGAGGCACUCGAUAGACGGGAUCGCCAGCGGAAAGAACGACAGGAUGCCGCGCUUAGAGAACUCUACUUUCACGAAAUGGCUGCUCUAGCCUGGUGCUUCAUAUUUCCUAUGCUCGGCGCAUAUCUUUUACACACUAUUCGGGGACAGUUGACGAGACGUUCUGAGGGCCUGGUGUCUGACUAUAAUCUCACUAUUUUCCUUUGCGCCGCUGAAGUCCGCCCCAUUUCACAUCUAAUCAGGAUGCUUCAAAAUCGAACCUUGCGAGUUCAACAAAUCGUCGCAAAGAACCCCCAUGAAAAGCAAACUGUUACAUUGGAGCAUUUAGAAGCACUUUCAACCAGACUAGAUGAGUUGGAAGCACAAGGAGCUACGGGUGAUACAUCCUCGAAUGCUACUGCACGACCUGAUGUUCCACAGCCAAAAUUGAUCGAGGCGGCAGUGGCUCAAGAAGUCCGUAGUAGCAUACAGCCAGAACUAGAUGCUUUAAAUCGCGCCAUGCGUCGAUACGAGAAGAAACUCACUCUACUCGCAUGCCAAACCGACAAUCGUAUCGAGUAUGUCGACUACAGGCUUAAUGAUGCUAUUGCGCUUGCUGCCGUCGCCGCUAAGAAUAGUAACGCUCAACGGAACUUUAGCGGGUGGUUUAUCGACAAGAGCGUUGCGCUAGUUAUACUCCCAUUUCACGCACUAGUAGCGGUGUCUACCUUUCCUUUCCGGACGGCAUCGACUAUGCUUAGUCGAAAGAGCAGGUCUUCGUCCGAGAGGACCCAGAAGACUGUACGCAACGGGAAAGUCCUUGCUCAUGGCAAGACCAGUUCCGAUCGCGUGCCUACGCGCGUGUCUAGGAGAUAGAAUUAAUUAUGUAUUAUGAUGGUACGGGUGUAUAACGACUGUUAGGUUAGGUAGUUUGUACUAGGUAAUAAUUACGGAUGGGCCGGCACGGAGAAGGAGGACAGCGGGAAACGGUUAGGAGGGGGUGGGUAAUAAACGGAGUUUGGACAUGGAUCGCUCUCAACGUGGUUUACAGCGAUAGGAAUUACGUAGGGGUUGAUUCACCUAUGGGAGCGUUCUUGAAGAGCAAUUCUACAAGUUGCGAUUAUAUAGAUGCUCUCCCUCGUGUAAAUCGCGGGUUUGCAAUGCAGUUCCUGUGCGGACUGAAUGGAAUAGGGAAAUAUUAUAGUAGUUUACUUGUCUGUGCGUCUCGAUAUGCAAUUUAUUUUAUUUUAUUCCCUCUUACGU